UGCUGUGUGUGCGGCGGCGGCGUCCCCAGGUGUGUGCAGCCAUGGGCCCCUGGAAGCUGGUCCGGGGCCUCCGGCAGAUGGAGCUCCACCGGCUCAUCAUGGCCCUCAUCGUCUUCUGCCUGCUCUCCAUGGCCUUCCUGGCCUACUACGUCAGCAACAGCCCCAAGAUCAAGGAGGCGCCCCCGCUGCCCUUCAGCGACUGCGGAGGAGGAGGAGGAGGAGGCGGCGGCGCUGGGGGCUUUGGGUUGGGGGGCGAGGGGGGGGCUCAGCGCUCCCCCCUCUUCAUACCUCCCCAGGCUCCCGGACGGCAGCGCACGGCGGCCAAGGCGGCGGCGGCGGCGGACCCGACGCGCACCGACCCGCUGGUGCUGGUGUUCGUGGAGAGCAUCUACUCGCAGCUGGGCCAGGAGAUCGUGGCCAUCCUGGAGUCCAGCCGCUUCCGCUACCGCACGGAGGUGGCGCCCAGCAAGGGCGACAUGCCCACGCUGAUGGAGCGCGACCAGGGCCGCUACGCGCUGGUCAUCUACGAGAACAUCCUCAAGUACGUCAACCUGGACGCCUGGAACCGCGACCUGCUGGACAAGUACUGCGCGGAGUACGGCGUGGGCAUGGUGGGCUUCUUCAAGGCCAACGAGAACUCGCUGCUCAGCGCCCAGCUCAAGGGCUUCCCGCUCUUCCUGCACUCCAACCUGGGCCUGCGCGACUACCGCAUCAACCCCGCCGCGCCCCUCCUCUACGUCACGCGGCCCAACCAGGUGGAGCCGGGGCCGCUGCCCGGCGACGACUGGACCGUCUUCCAGUCCAACCACAGCACCUACGAGCCCGUGCUCCUGGCCAGCACCAAGUCCUCGGAGGCGCUGGCCCACCUGGGCCCGCACCGAGCCCUCCACGCCACCGUGGUGCAGGAUCUGGGCCUUCACGACGGCAUCCAGAGGGUGCUGUUCGGGAACAACCUGUCCUACUGGCUGCACAAGCUCAUCUUCGUGGACGCCAUCGCCUACCUGACGGGCCGCAGGCUGUGCCUGCCUCUGGAGCGCCACCUGCUGGUGGACGUGGACGACAUCUUCGUGGGCAAAGAGGGCACCCGCAUGAAGGUGUCGGAUGUGAAGGCGCUCCUGAACACACAAAACAAGCUCAGAGCCUUGGUCCCAAACUUCACCUUCAACCUCGGCUUCUCCGGAAAGUUCUACCAUGCAGGCACGGAGGAGGAAGACGAGGGCGACGACAUGCUGCUGACGCACAGGAAGGAGUUCUGGUGGUUCCCCCACAUGUGGAGCCACAUGCAGCCGCACCUCUUCCACAACGUCAGCGUGCUGGCCGAGCAGAUGCGCCUCAACAUGCUCUUCGCACAGGAGCAUGGGAUCCCCACAGACAUGGGCUACGCCGUGGCCCCGCACCACUCCGGGGUGUACCCCGUGCACAGCCAGCUCUACGAGGCCUGGAAGUCUGUGUGGGGCAUCAGGGUCACCAGCACGGAGGAGUACCCCCACCUGCGCCCCGCCAGACACCGCCGGGGGUUCAUCCACAGCGAUAUCCAGGUGCUCCCCAGGCAGACGUGUGGCCUGUUCACUCACACCAUCUUCUAUAAUGAGUACCCCGGAGGCUCCAAGGAGCUGGACAAGAGCAUCCGGGGAGGAGAGCUCUUCCUCACAGUCCUGCUCAACCCUAUCAGCAUCUUCAUGACCCACCUGUCCAACUACGGCAACGACCGGCUGGGCCUCUACACCUUCGAGUCGCUGGUCAAGUUCGUGCAGUGCUGGACCAACCUGCAGCUGCAGACACUGCCCCCGGUGGAGCUCGCGCAGAAGUACUUCGACAUGUCCCCCGAAGACAGGGACCCGCUGUGGCAGAACCCCUGCCACGACAAGAGACACAAGGACAUCUGGUCCAAGGAGAAGACCUGCGACCGCCUGCCCAAGUUCCUGGUGGUCGGGCCCCAGAAAACAGGCACCACAGCGCUGCACUCGUUCCUGACUCUGCACCCAGCCAUCACCGGCAGCUUCCCCAGCCCCGUCACCUACGAGGAGAUCCAGUUCUUCAACGGCGACAACUACCACAACGGCAUCGACUGGUAUAUGGACUUCUUCCCCUUCCCCUCCAACGUCAGCACAGACUUCAUGUUUGAGAAGAGUGCCAACUACUUCGACAGCGAGGCCACCCCCAAGCGCACGGCCGCUCUGGUGCCCCGGGCCAAGGUCCUGGCCCUGCUCAUCAACCCGGCCGAUCGCGCCUACUCCUGGUACCAGCAUCAAAGGGCUCACCAGGACCCUGCCGCCAUAAACCACACCUUCCAGCAGGUGGUGAUGGCCCCUCCCUCCUCGCCCCCUGAGCUUCUCACCCUCCAGAACCGCUGCCUCGUGCCUGGGGAGUACGCCACUCACAUAGAACACUGGCUACUGCACUACCCCUCCCGCCAGCUGCAUUUAGUGGACGGGGCUCUGCUGCGCUCCAACCCUGCGCUGGUCAUGGACGGCAUCCAGAGGUUCCUGGGAGUCACCCCCAUUUUCAACUACACACAGGCCCUCUUGUUCGAUGAGAACAAAGGCUUCUGGUGCCAGAGGAUAGAGGGAGGUCGUCCAAAGUGUCUGGGAAAAAGUAAAGGCAGGAAAUAUCCAGAAAUGGCCCGCGAGGCGCGUGCCUUCCUGGCGGAGUACUACCACGAGCACAACCUGGCGCUCCUGCGGCUGCUGAACCGUCUGGGUCAAGCGCUGCCCACCUGGCUGAGAGGGGAGCUGCAGAGUACCAGCUGGAGCUGAGACCCCCCCCACACACACACACACACACACACUACACACACACACGUCAGGCGCUGCCCACCUGGCUGAGAGGGGAGCUGCAGAGCACCAGCUGGAGCUGAGACCCCUC